CACCUCCCCCGCCUCCUCCUUCUCCACGGCGGAGGCACCAACGCGCGCAUCUUCCGCAGCCAAUGCCGCUCCCUCCGCGCCGCCCUUACCCCCUACUUCCGGCUCGUCUUCGUCGACGCGCCCUUCCCCAGCGUCCCCGGGCCGGACGUGAUCAAAGUAUACGAGAAAUGGGGCCCCUUCCGGUGCUGGAUCCCGCAGCCGCCGUGCUCGAAUGCCGUCCAUAGCAGGGGGGAGGUGGUGAGGGGCGUGCAGGGGGCGUUGAGGAAGGCGAUGACCGAUGAUGAUGCGCGGGGUGGGAGGGGCGAGUGGGUUGGUGUGUUGGGGUUUAGUCAGGGGGCGAAGGUGGCGGCGAGUCUGUUGGUGGGGAUGCAGGGUGGGAGGAAGAGGGAGGGGGGGAUGGGGUUGAGGUUACGGUUUGGGGUGUUGUUGGCGGGGAGGGCGCCGGUCGUGAGGUUGGAGGGGGAGGAUGAGGAUGAGGAUGAGGAUGAUGGUGAAGGGUUGGAAGACUACGGCGCUGUGUUGGAGCUGCCCACGCUGCAUGUCCACGGGAUGAGGGAUCCCGGGCUCUCGCUGCAUCGGGAGUUGCUGGGGAUUUGUGAGCGAGGGACGGCCCGGCUGGUCGAGUGGGAGGGGGAGCAUCGCGUGCCGAUUCGCAGUGCGGAUGUUGGGGUUGUGGUGACGGAGAUUCUGGGGAUGGCGAGGGCGGCGGGGGUUUUG